GACAGAGUGACUUAUUUCCAUUGGGGUUCAUUAAGGCGUAAUCUUUAGCGACCUUUAAUAACCCCAACAACAACACCGGUGGUACAAUAAUAUUUUUAAUAGUAAUUAUACUGUCACGUUAUGGCCUAUGAUCUGAAAAAAGAAGAAGACGUGAAGGAAUUUAUUGAAAACCUCGGGAUAGAAUACAGGUUUGGAUGUUUCUCCGAGAAGAAGCCUGAUAGUUGUCAUCUCUUAGGGGACUAUCUAGAAGGUGUGAAGAGAGACUUUGCGAAAGCUGCAAAAGUGUAUAGAAGCAAUUGUGAUGAAUCUUCAUAUGCCAAGAGUUGUUACAAGUAUGCAAAUUAUAAUUUUUUGGGUAAAGGCUGCAAGCAGAACAUGGAUGAAGCAUAUGACUAUUAUCUGAAGGGAUGCUCAGCGGGUAACGCUGAUUCUUGUCUCAAUGGUGGACUCUUGUGUGUGUCUAAUACACCAGUUAAUGCCCAGAGAGAAAAAGAUUAUAAACAGGGGUUGGAGCUCUUAGACAAGGCAUGUUUGGGUAACAAUGCAUUAUCUUGCUACUACAUCUCGGGCAUAUUCAUUCAAGGAGUCAAGGACGCUAUCAACAAGGAUAUGAGCAAAGCCUUCAGCUACUCCUUGAAAGCCUGUGAGCUGGGCAAUAUGUAUGCUUGUGCAAAUAUUUCUCAGAUGUAUCACAAAGGAGACGGUGUUGAGAAGAAUGAAGAAAAGAGUAAAGAAUACAAGGAGAAAGCAUUAGACAUGCAAAAACAGUUAAAGGAACAGAUGGAAAUACAAUUCCAACAAGGAACUCAAAAGUUGUAGUUAUUGGACCUCACCUACAUAUAUAUAUAUACAUAUAUAUAUAUAGUAUAGGUAGUAGGUUGGUAGACAGCAACCGCCCAGGGAGGUACUACCGUCCUGCCAAGUGAGUGUAAAACGAAAGCCUGUAAUUGUUUUACAUGAUGGUAGGAUUGCUGGUGUCCUUUUUUCUGUCUCAUGAACAUGCAAGAUUUCAGGUACGUCUUGCUACUUCUACUUACACUUAGGUCACACUACACAUACAUGUACAAGCACAUAUAUACACACCCCUCUGGGUUUUCUUCUAUUUUCUUUCUAGUUCUUAUUCUUGUUUAUUUCCUCUUAUCUCCAUGGGGAAGUGGAACAGAAUUCUUCCUCCGUAAGCCAUGCGUGUUGUAAGAGGCAACUAAAAUGCCGGGAGCAAGGGGCUAGUAACCUCUUCUCCUGUAUAUAUUACUAAAUGUAAAAGGAGAAACUUUCGUUUUUCCUUUUGGGCCACCCCGCCUCGGUGGGAUACGGCCGGUGUGUUGAAAGAAGAAAGAUAUAUAUAUAGUAUAUAUUUUGCAUUUAUUGUGAAAAGGUGGCAAUUGUGAUUUUUAAAGAGGUAAAAUAUUGAUAUUGGAGUGAUAUCUAUUUUAUUUUAUAUUAAUGAUACAAUAUUUUUCCCCAAUGUUAGAACUAUACAUAUUUAGAUACUUUUCAUUGUUACCACCAUGGCCAUUUUCUAGUGAGGAAAGUGACCCAAAGAAGGUAACUCAUUCACCAUCAUUCAUUCCCUAGCUUGUCUUCUCGAAAGUGCAUGGAUAUCAUAGUUCUAAUAAAAUCCACCAAACUGCUACAUCCCCAACUCUCUCUCAGACAUACUCAGCAUUGUUUCACCAUUAAAAUUCCUCCUCCAUCACAAUGUUAUGCCCUGGAUUGGAUUUCUGUAUAUCAAGUACAUACUGGAUAAAGGUUUCCCUGCAAAUAUGGCUUAUGUCAUCAUAUAUCCUCAAGUCCAGCUCAUUGGUUUUCCUGAAUCCCUUUAUAAAUGUUACCUUACAUUCCGACAGCAAAUCAGAACACAAAAAACUACUUGCUUCCUCUCACUCCAAUUUAAUAUGCUCAGCCAAGCCUGCUGGAUGCUAAGGUCUCUACAACUUACACCUUCCUUCAUACCCUACUUCCAACCUAUCCUAGGACAUCUACACUACCUCCCAUUCACUCCAGAAUUGUAUACUCCCAGUGAGAAAAGCAUAGCCUAAAUAAAAUAUCUAAACACUGCAAAUGUGUCCAUUUACCUAAAUUUGUUGUUAUAAACAUAUACCAUUCAUACUCUCAAUAUCGAUAUCAUAGAACACAUGGCCAAAAAAAAAGUAUAAAUAUUUAACAUCUACACUUGUGGAGUUUUCCCAAAUGUAUUCCUUGCAUCCCUGCUUUUCAUUGGGACCAAGCCUUCUAAAAAUUUUCAAGGUAUAGAUUAUAUUAUACCUCUCCUGUCUACAUUCCAAGGGGUACAGAUAAAGGGAUUUCUCUGAACAUUCUCCAGGUCUGCUAUUUUGCCUGCCUUGGAGUUGUUUGAGUACAGCAGUACUCUAGACUAGAAAGAACAAGUGACUAAAAGAGUAACAUCAGUGGCAUGGCAUUCCUUGUUUUGAAAGUUCUAAUUAUCCAGCCUAUUAUUGUCCUUGUGGUUGUGAUAGUGACAUCGUUGUAAUCCUUGAAGAUGAGCUCUAACAUUAUUACUCCCAAAUCUCUAACAUUAAUCAUAUGGUCUCUUGAGUGAUUUGAAUAUGUUUUAUAAUUCAUUCAAGUCUGCUUCCUCAGUCUUUCCAUAACAGAGUAACUAAAACUUCUUUCUUUCAACACAUCGGCCGUAUCCCACUGAGGCAGGGUGACCCAAAAAGAAAAACGAAAUUUUCUCUUUUUAAAUUUAGUAAUUUAUACAGGAGAAGGGGUUACGAGCCCCUUGCUCCUAGUAACUAAAACUUAUUCUCAUUAAAUAUCAUAUUGUCAGUGACCCACUGGAAGACUGUUUAUAUCAGCUAAGAGGUUCGCUGUGUCCUCAGUAGAUGUCACUCUCAUACAAUUCAAGUAUUGUCUGCAAAGGAUGAUACAUUGCUAUGAUUUAUGCCACUGUCAAAUAUGAGACUGAGAAUAGAGAACAAUGACAUGUACUGUGCUUUCAGGAACAGAGCUUUUUACUACAGCAGCCUUUGAUUUCACUCUGCUCACGGUUACAUCCUGGGUUCUAUUUGUUAUAAAAUUAAAUAUUCAUCUGCCUAUUUUUCCAGUUAUACGCCUUAUCACUUAUCAUUUGUGAUGGCUGGCAGUGAUGCGUGACCGCAUGAGACCACGACUCAAUGUUGUACCACUUGUUAUUGUCUAACUGUGGCAUGCAAAGAGUAUGUAACCUUUAUUCGGCACAUGUACACACCCCACCAGGUGCCAGAUCAACCAGGCUAUGAUGAGUAUGUGGACCAACGGGCCACCAGCAGCAAGAGCUUGGUUGACCAGGCCAUUAUUUCCCUAAAGACGAGGCCAUGUAUUUUGUGGGUCAUUACACCAUGGCCACACUUGUCAAAGGCUUUUGCAGAGUCUGCACUUUGCUUGUCUUUCAAUGCGCUGAAGAUCAUGUCAUAAUGGUGAAGCAACUACAAGAGGUAGGAGCAGUCUUCUCUAACCCAAUACUGCCCUGGGUUGUACAAUUGUUGUGAAUCCAUGUGGUUAGCAAUCUUGUUUCUUAAGAUUCAAAUAUUUUGAUAAUGUGGGACAUCGGUGCUAUUAGUCUGUAGUUUUAGCAAUUGCUUUACUGCCACUUUUGUGGAGUGUUGCUGUCUUGAUUGCUAGUGAACUCAGCUCACACAGUGAGGUCUUUGGUUUGAUCCCCAGUACGGGUGAAAACAUUAGGAUGUGUUUCCUUAAGAUACCUGCUGUCCAUGUUCACCUAUCAGUAAAAUAGGUACCUGGGCAUUAGUUGACUGGUGUGGGUUGCAUCCUGGGGACAAAAUUAACCUAUUUUGCCCAAAAUGCUCUGUGUAACAAGAGGCUUUUUAUAUAGAAAUAUGUCAUUGAUGUCAGCUAGGCCUCUAGACCUUGUACACAUAUACUAUGUAGAAAUAAAGAUUUAAAAAACUGAGAUAAUUCCUGUGUCCAGACUCCUCCAUGGAACAUUCAAAGCAUGAGAUAGUAGUUUCUUGUGAAUACUUUUUUUUCACUUACUGGAUAAUUUUCACUGUAUUGUACCAACUAGUGACCACUAAAACAUGAUAGCUUGUGAAAUUUCACAUACAUUUUGAAAAUCACAUGCUUUUAAAGAUAAUUUCUUUGAUUUUUUUAUUUUUUGAAAUCCUUGCUUAAGCUCCCAGAAUAAAGUCUUGGCUGCACUACUGAGGGAAAAGUAUACAAAUAAAAAUCUGUUGUAUGGGGUAUGCUGAUACAGUACAGUACAUAUAACAAAUAUGAUGAAUGAUGAUGAGUCAAAGGGUCUUGCAUUUACCCAAAUACAGAUUGAAUAAAAAUUAGUACCCA